GAGUGCAGUCGGUCACCUUUCAAUUUUGUUCUGUUUGGUCUUGAUCUCAAUUGAACAAUAUGAAGAUGCAUUAUAUGGUGAUCGUUUUGCAUUUUGAGGAGUGUUGUUUUAUCUGUUCCAAUGGAAGUUUGAUACCAUAAACACGAUAAUUGGGAAUUUGGUUGAUGGUUUGAAAGAUGAAGAUGCAGACCCAUUUGAAAUCAAGAGGAACCACCACUAGGGUUAUUUUUGAGCUAAAACAGCGGGUUCUUUUGGCACUAAACAAGAUUUCUGAUCGAGAUACAUACCAAAUAGGGGUUGAGGAGCUUGAAAGAUCAAUCAAAUGUUUGAGCCCGGAAGGAGUGUCCCCAUUUUUGUCAUGCAUCUUAGACACUGAUUCAGACCAGAAGAAGGCUGUUCGAAAGGAAUGUAUCAGACUCAUGGGUAUGCUCGCAACCUUCCACCAGGAUCUCAUUGGUCCGCACAUUGGAAAAAUGGCUGCUAGCAUAGUAAAAAGACUAAAAGAUCCUGAUUCUGUUGUGAGAGAUGCAUGUGUGGAAACCAUGGGUAUUUUAGCAUCGAAAUUAAGCUCUUCUGAGAGUCAGCUUGAGGGAAGUUUUGUUGUAUUAGUGAGACCUCUUUUUGAAGCAAUCAGUGAGCAAAAUAAACAUGUUCAAUGUGGUUCAGCUUUAUGUUUAGCUCGGGUAAUCGACAAUGCAACGGAUCCACCGGUGUCUAUUCUACAAAGGAUGUUAGAAAAGACGACAAAAUUGCUCAAUAAUCCACGUUUCUUGGUAAAACCAGCCAUUAUUGAGUUAAACAGAAGUAUCAUUCAGGCAGGCGGGGCGUCAACACAAAAUACUUUAACUGCUGCAAUGACUAGUAUCCAAGAAGCUCUUAAGAACAGUGAUUGGAGAACACGCAAAGCUGCAUCUUCAGCAUUAGCAGAAAUUGCAUCGACCAAUGGAUUAUAUUUUGGUUCUUUCAAGUCGUCGUGCAUCCGUUCCCUUGAAUUGUGUCGCUUUGACAAGGUCAAACCAGUUAGGGACACAGUAUUGCAGACCUUACAGCUAUGGAGAAAUCUUAAAGGAACUGUUGCGUCUGAACUUCCAGAAGCUGGAUCUUUCACUACUGGAGGUGAUUACAGUGACAUUUUGAGUGCCAGGGAGUCCGCGGUAAAGAAUACAAGCGUUCAUAGGGAGUCAGUUGAGAAAAGAGUUCCUCUUUCAGUUAGAAAAAACUGCCAUAGUUAUGUGGGAAGUCCUCAGCAUUCCAAUGCAAAUGAUUGGAAUAUAGAAGUCAGCGUUCCAAAUACUCGUAAUGUUUCUCUAGCAUAUGCUCCUGAUGGAGAAUCUGAAGGAAGUUCUGUUACAAAGACAUAUGAAAGGACUAGAUCUGAUAUCACUAGUACUCAAGAUAUUGGCUUCGAAUAUGUGCCUAUGGAUGACAAACUUGAAUUCUUUUCUGCAUCCAAUAUCAAAACUGAAAAAUUCGAAGCCAAGUUGGUGCCAACUACUGAGAACUGCCAGGUGAAGGGUAAAUUGGUAAAUUCAUUAGGAGUGAAUCAAUUCCAGGUGGACAAAGAAAUGAGUACUGAAGAACAGAGGUACUUUGCGAAGAUUGAGGGUUGUAGAAGUCUUGACUCAACUAUCACAGAAUCAAGUUCUGAAACUCAUCAUGGUUGUUGCAUGCAAACAGCAAUGGAAAUAGCAUUCUUUCGAGAGAAGCUUAUAGAUAUCGAAAACAAACAGUCCAAUCUCUUAGAUCUGUUGCAGGUGUUCACUACCAAGACAGCAGAUAGCUUGUCGAUAACACAGUUAAAGGUGUCAAGUUUGGAACAUGUGGUGGAUCGAAUGGCACAAAACUUCAUUCAUGGAGAAAGACAUUCAGAAUCAACUGUCAAAUUUUUGACGAGAAGUUCCACUACUGCUGCUCCUAGACUCUCAACAUGCACCCCAAGGAUAUCUGUGGAUAUACGCAAUAGGAAAUCUCCAUUGCAGCCUCCAAAACAAGCUGAUGCUUCAGAUGAAUGCACAUUUGGAAGGGGUAAAUCUGGAAAUUAUGAUAACCAACGAGCAGACUCUUGGAUGGACCCCACAAGUAGAAACCAUGCCAGUCUAAAUAGAAAUGGGGACGCUGUAUUUUCUCUUGACAGUGGCAGAUGUAAUGAUUUACAAGUGCAAAAUAGCCUGCGGAAAGUAAUAAAAGGUCGUCUGUCACAAGGAGACAUAGAGGCUGCAUACAUUGAUGCCCUGAAUUCUGGUGAUGAGGUCGUUUUAUUCGAACUUCUUGAUAAAACGGGCCCUGUUCUGGAAAGGUUAUCACCCCGGACUGCAAAUGUGAUUGUCAGCACUUUGGCGUCUUUCUUGUCAGAACAACAAUUCAUGAUUUCAAUAAUCCCUUGGCUGCAGCAGAUGGUGGACUUGUCUAGUGUACAUGGACCAAACCACCUUGUCCUCACUGCAAAAACACGAAGGGAAUUCUUGUGUGCGAUUGAGGAGGCUGUAAACAUGGAGUUUCCAAAUGCUAUGGCGAGAAGAUCUAUAACACAAUUAGUGAUAAAGCUGCAAAAUUUUUGGGGUAAGGAAUCAUCUUCAUUUACUUGUAUGGCUGUAUAGCAAAAUUUUCUAAUACGUAAUUGUGUAGUUUAUCUGAAAAGGGUCCCCAUUCAACUCACCCUGAAUAGCUCAUAUGGCUGAAUAGUGACUCACAAUUUUAAUUCACCCAUGUCACCGGAAAGGGUCCAUAUUCAAAUUUUGUUGGUCUUUUCUUAAA